GGGACGGUGAUAGAAAUCGUGUCCUCCGAUCAUCUCUCUGCUAGCUGCUCGUUGACUCCCCCCCUCUCGCGAAUCGUUUGCUUCCGAUCGCCCCGGAGGAGAUAGAUAUGCCGCCGCCGCACGAGCGCGGGCAGCCGCCGAGCCGCCGGAGGAUGCUGGCGCUGCCGGCGGUGUGCCCGUGCGAGGCCAUCGCGCCGGCGCCGCUGCUGGCGUCGCUGCUCUCCCUCGCCGCGGACGCCGCCGCUGGCUCCCGCCUGGGAGCGCUCCCCGCGCUCCGUGGCGCCGCGCGCGAGGCCGUCCGGAUCGCCGGCCUGCUCCUCGCGUUCCUCGAAGCCGUCCGCGACGCGGCGUCCGACGAUGGCGCACCGUUGCCGGAGGCCGCCGUGCUCGGGCUCUCGGAGCUGCACGUGGCGCUGCAGAAGCUGCGGCUCCUCCUCGCCGACUGCGGCCGGAAAGGGGCGCGGCUGUGGGUGCUGAUGAACGCCGAGACGGCCGCCUCCGAGCUCCGCGUCGUGAUGGGGUCCGUCGCGACGGCGGUGGAGGUGCUGCCGGAGGGCGUGGCCGCGGCGUCCGACGAGGCGCGGGAGCUCGCGGGGAUGGUCUCCGCGCACGCGUGGCGCGCGGCGGCGCGGCUGCGGCCGGACCUGGAGGACGGCCGCGCGGCGCGGGGCGUCAGGUCGGUGCUCGCGCGGUUCGCGGGCGGCGCCACGCCCGACGCCGAGGACGCCCGGCACGUGCUCGCCCGCGUCGGCGCCGCCACCUGGUCGGGAUGCGCCGAGGAGGCGGCGUUCCUGGAGGCGGAGAUGCUGGAGCGCCUGGAGACCGGCGGCGAGGACGACAACGACCUCGUGCUCAUCGCCGGCCUCUUGGCGUUCCUCCUCUACUGCCGCGUCGUCCUGUUCGACCGCAUUGACGAUUCCGACAACAAGGCCGCGGCGGUGGCCAGGCCGGCUGCGAGGUGCGCGGCGUGGAUCAACCCGGAGGCGCUGCAGUGCCCGAUCACGCUGGAGCUGAUGACCGACCCGGUGACGGUGGCCACCGGCCAGACGUACGACCGGGCGUCCAUCAAGAAGUGGAUCAAGAGCGGGUGCCGGACGUGCCCCGUCACCGGCGAGCGCCUCCGCAGCGCGGAGCUCGUGCCCAACGCCGCGGCGCGCGGCAUCAUCGAGCAGCUGCUCCUCAGCCGCGGCGUCGUCCCGCCCCACGAGCCAAGCGGCAAGCACCGGUGCGCGGUGGACAGGACUGCCUCGCCGUUCGGCGCCGCCGCGGCUGGCGGCGCGCGGCUCGCCGCGGCGUUCCUCGUCGCGAGACUGUCGAGGGGCGCCCCCGAGCAGCAGAGAAAGGCGUCGUACGAGGCCCGGAAGCUGUCGAAGCGGAACGUCUUCUACCGGGCGUGCCUCGUCGAGGCCGGCGCCGUGCCGUGGCUGCUCCACCUGCUCUCCUCCGCUGACGCCACCGUGCAGGACAAUGCCGUGGCGGGGCUCCUGAACCUGUCGAAGCACCCGGCCGGGCGGGCGGCGCUGGUGGAGGCCGGCGGCGUGGGGCUCAUCGUCGACGCCGUGAACGUCGCCGGCAGGGUCGAGGCGCGGCAGAACGCGGCGGCCGUGCUGUUCUACUUGUCGUCGAACCCGGAGUACUGCGAGGAGAUCAGCCGCAUCCCGGAGGCGAUCCCGACGCUGGUGGGCCUGGCGCGGGACGGCGCGUACCGCGGCCGGAAGAACGCGCUGGUGAGCCUGUACGGGCUGCUCCAGUGCGCCGACGCGCACGGCCGGGCGGUGUCGGCCGGCGCCGUGGCGGCGCUCGCGGGCCUGCUGCUGGGCUCCGCCGCCGUCGGCGGCGGCGGUAGCGAAGGCGACGACCUGGCCGUCGACGCCGUCGCUCUGCUGGCGAGGCUCGCGGAGCAGCCGGCCGGCGCGCGCGCCGUCGCGGCGAGCUCGGAGCUGGUGACCCGGCUCGUGGACUUCCUCGGCGAGUCGGCGUCGCGGUCGGCCAGGGAGCACUGCGCGUCGCUGCUGGCGGCGCUGGGCCGGCACGGCGGGGACAGGGUGCUCGCUCUGCUGGGCAAGCUGCCGGCCCUGAUGCCGGCGCUGUACGCGCUCAUCGCCGACGGGACCCCGCAGGCGGUCAGGAAGGCGCGGUGGCUGGUCAACGAGAUCCACCAACACUACGAGCAGCGCCACCCGCCGGCGGCCCCCCCGGCGACCGGCGACCACCGCAUCAUCCGUGUAUAGUUUGUGUAUAUACAUAGAAGCACACACGAGCUUGGCGUCACGCUCUGUACAUUUGAUUUCUCUUCUUCUUUCGUUUGGCGUCACGCUCGAGUUUUUUUGAAGAGCCAGGACGGAUUUUGGCAUCGUUUCAUCGUGAGAUUUGUGAAUACGAACGAAAUUGUACAGAGAGCCGUUUGUAACUUGUAACUAGUUUGUGAGUUGUGAUACUGCAAAUCUAUGAAUGCACAGAGAACAGUUUGUAUCUGUACGUGGUUUGUCA